AGAGACGCACACAGAGAGACGCAGAGACACGCACAGAGAGACGCAGAGACACGCACAGAGUCACUCACAGAGACACGCGCAGAGAGACGCACACAGAGAGACGCACACAGAGAGACGCGCAGAGACACGCACAGAGAGACGCACACAGAGAGACGCAGAGACACGCGCGCUCCACGCAGCCACCGCGACUCCUUCCUCCUCCUCCUGCUGCUGCUGCUGCUGCCGCGAUGUUCCGACCCGGGAACCCGGAGCAUCUGAUGGGACACGCGGGGCAUGGCGGCGUCAACCAGCUGGGCGGAGUGUUCGUGAACGGGCGGCCGCUGCCAGACGUGGUGCGCCAGCGCAUCGUGGAGUUGGCCCACCAGGGCGUGAGGCCCUGCGACAUCUCGCGCCAGCUCAGGGUCUCCCACGGCUGCGUCUCCAAGAUUCUCGGCAGCGCUUGCAGGUACUACGAGACAGGCAGCAUCCGCCCGGGGGUGAUCGGAGGCUCCAAGCCCAAGGUGGCCACUCCCAAGGUGGUGGACAAGAUCGCGGAAUACAAGCGGCAGAACCCGACAAUGUUCGCCUGGGAGAUCCGGGACCGCCUGCUCGCGGAGCGCGUCUGUGACACCGACACGGUGCCCAGCGUCUCCUCCAUCAACAGGAUUAUCCGCACCAAAGUCCAGCAGCCGUUCCACCUUCCGUCACAAGACAGCCCUGGCCAACAGGUCUCCUCUUCCAGCCACGGCAUCAGCUCCAGCUCGGCCGUGACCCCCGUCUCCUCGGCCCCCAACGACUCCGUGGCGUCCUCCUACUCCAUCAACGGCAUCCUGGGCAUCCCUCGCUCCAACGGCGACGGCAAGAGGAAGCGUGACGACGACGUGGUGAGCCCCGUGCAGGCGGGCGACUCCCCCGUGAGCAGCGACGCGGUGCGCAAGCAGCUGCGCUCCGACGCCUUCGCGCAGCAGCAGCUGGAGGCGCUGGAGCGCGCGUUCGAGCGGCAGCACUACGCCGAGGUGUUCGCCGAGCACGGCAAGCCCGAGCAGGGAACCGAGUACCCUCCUCUAUCGGCCCUGGGAGCCGGCAUGGACGACGUGAAGUCUGGGAUGGUGGGGCCGGGCACCCCGGAGAUGGCGGCGCAGUCGUACCCCCUCGUCACCGACCAACGGCCGUCCCCCAUCAGCCUCAAACAGAAGGCGAUGGAGGGCAGCCUAGCUAGCCACUCCCCCUCCGCGCUAGCGGGCCACGCGCUGGCCGACCUGCAGCCCAUCCACCCGGGCCACGCCACGGACCCGUGCCCGGGCUCCGUUAGUGCCUUUACGCACCACGCGACGGCCUACGGGCAGUACGCGCCGGCGCAGGCCUUCGUGCCAGGCCGUGAGCUCGGAAACAGCACCACCCUGCCCGGGUACCCUCCCCACGUCCCCCCCACCGGGCAAGGCAGCUACUCCUCCUCCAGCCUGGCCGGCAUGGUACCCGGGAGCGAGUUCCCCGGGAACCCGUACUCCCACCCGCAGUACACGGCCUACAAUGACGCCUGGCGAUUCACCAACCCGGGUCUGCUCAGCUCCCCGUAUUAUUACAGUGCCACAGCCCGGGGCCCUACCACCGCCACGGGCUACGACCGCCACUAGUUGCCACGGCGAUGGCCCAGGCCUGCCUGCGGGCUCACGCCCUGGGACCGCGCCACCACUCCCGAGCAAGAUGGCGCCAACCAGGCGAGCCAGGAGGCCUUUUUCAACGAGCAGGCCCUCAGGACACGCCUCGCAGCUUUUUUGACUCGGAACUCAAGACCAUCGAGACGAGCAACGCAAAGCUCAGCUCGUUAAAGCCCACGCGUUAAUUAUCUCUGAAUGCGGCCUCGGCUGCAAUGUCGGCCUCCAGGGAGGCCUUUCAAGACCGGCGGAGGCUCGCCGCCGGUUAUGAGCGGCAUUGAAAGCUUCUCUUCUUUAUGUUUUUUUCUUUCUUUUGUUCCCUGGGCCACAAGUCUGAUGUGACCUUUGAGAAGCUGUAUUUGAGACUGACGUGAAGCGUCGGGUCUUCUUUGGUGGGGCUGUUGUCAUCGGGGUCAGUGAGCAAGGGAACACGUGCGUCAACGCGCGCCAGCCUCCCUUCCGCGUUAUGUCAGCGUGGUCGACAGGGGAGGGUAAACAGAGCAACAGAAGCAGCAGCAGCAGCAACAGCAGCAGCAAACAACGAACGGACUGCCCUCUUCCCCAAGGUUGUCCCCGAACACCACCGUCGCCAAAAUUGUUGGAAGCCGAGACGUCAUCGCAGAUCCGCAGAAGUUAAGGAGGCGGUACGUCGUCACAUCUUCACGGACCCACGCGACUCAACUCCGAUUCAGUUCGCUGGCUACCAGUGGAAAAUAAACUUUUCGAGAUGAACUUUGACCUCCCUCUGGCACCCCCCCUCCCCCCGCCCACAACUAUCAGCAGCUACACGUGAAGGAAACGAAUCUACGUUCAAACCAGAAGUAGGGAAGGGAAAAAAAACAAAUAAACCUGUGAUCGUUACCAAAACUCAACUCGCUGCAUUUUUGGACUCAACCAGCAGUCGUGCGAUUGACGGCGUCAUGAAGGAAGCAAUGCAACAAAGGCUGCCCACCCAACGCCAACCGUCCCACAGUUCUCUCGCGCUUUGGAAACAGUCCCCAGCGUCGUCGAUGAAAGUGGCGCUGGCUUCACUCGUGACAGAUUCAUUACGGGGGAGAGCACAUUUGCUCGAGUUGAAUUUAAACACAAUUAUAUUUACCCACGCCUCUCCCCACCCCUUUUUUUAAAUGCCCCCCUCCAAUUUGUUGUUACCCUUUUUAGUUGCUGUGUAAACGCGGUUCGUGUAGCGGCCUAAAUUAUGCAUCGCGGAACCGCGUGGGCUGAUUAUCGUCUUGUCUACUCGAGGGUUAAAUCGAGCAGAUUCCCCAACGAAUGUCCAUAAUUAAAUUGUUUGGUCAGUAACUGUUUAUGACCUCGCGGUGCUCUGUCUACUGUGGUACGCUGAUGGAACUGCACGCUAUGAGGCCAAAUUGUUUUAAUUGGCAGUGAAGUUGAAAUUAAUUGGCAAUUACGGUUCAUUCAAUGAGCCGAGUUUUUAAUCAGCGAAGUUGAAUUUUAAGUGAAACCUGGCAAACAUGUUUUAUGUAAUAUAUACUGCUAAUUUGUUUCCAUUCAAUUUGAAAGGUAUUCAAAUAAAAAUAAAUAAUGUUGCUAAUUGAAAGUUGUAGUUAAUUAAAUUAGAAAGCACAUGGUCUGUCGUAUAUAACUAGUGUUGCUGGCUGUGUUUUCUUAAAUGACAACUUUUUUGCUUCUCUUGUGAAAAAACUGAUUUUCAUCUUUUUUCAAACGUUACAUCGCUGAAGUGUGGAACAUUUUCCCCUUCAAUAAACGAACACCAAAUUAAAACCAAGACUCCCAACGCCGCACGGCCGGCACCCAAAGCAGGCCUCCGACUCGACCGCAGUGGACAGCAUCUUCGGUGGAAAGGUUGUUGUGAAAAGAAAAAAUUCAGUUAUUUUUUUGCACUGCGCACCAGAAGCCGUCGGAACGUCGCUCCGCGCUUGGUUAGGAGAGACGCGCGAGGAGAUAUAAAGAGCCGGGGACGAACGAGCGAGCGAGCGAGCGAGAGGAAAAUCCGAGAGAGAAAAAAAAGAAAAACAUCUAUUAUUUCGCGGCUUUGACACCUCGGCAACGCGUACCUUAGCGUUAGAAGGAGGCCAAGGAGCGCACCGGAAACAUUUUGUCACGUAUUAUUUAUUGGCAGCAAUGCUCGACAGGCAAUCGAGGGACAUGUAAAUGCGCUCCCGCUCCACAGCGACUGCGCACUCUACAAAGGGAGUGCCCCGAGAUCCGUCCACACCCCGCCAUGAUUGAAAUUGACAUGACAAGGACUUAAUAGCUUUUUAGACAAAUCACCCUCACGGCUCCCAGGCUGUGUCUCCCUUCGCCCCCCCCCCUCUCCUUCCCGCUCCCCCUUCCCCCGUUCUCCCAUCUCCCCACUCCGCCCCCCCCCUCGCACUCUCUCCCCGAGUGAAGAUAAAUGAGUUUUUCGGGUAAAUGAGGCAGUAAUGGCCCCACUCUCGCCAUCCCCGAGGAGUGUUUCUGCCGGGGACCGCCGGUAUAAAUCUUACUCCACACGACAUUUUCAUAAUGGGUUUUGCAGCUCCAGCCCCAGCCACCAUUAGGCAGAGGUGCAGUUUGGACAGGGACGGUUAAAACACUUCGCACUCUGUGUCGGCACAAUUUUACUCGCGAGCGGCCCAAACGCGGCCGCUCGCUGGUCAAUCUCCCCGUUUGUUUCCCCCCAGCGACGUCUAAAACGCCGGCAGUGGCCAGAUGUAAGCGCGAUAACUUAAAGUGGAUUUACUUCGCGGGCGCCCGAGUCACUGCUCACAAAACUCAGGGGCUUCCCUUUAAUUGAACAAAACCCCGGCGCCUGUAAUUCGAUUGCGCGAUUCGGGCAAAAAAAGCCGCCGCCGUUAACUUUUCUAAGCGGCGCUGGGGAGUAACGCGUUACACGUAACGGUGCUUCGCCGUAAUCUGAUUACCAAAGGCAGGUGCCCGGAAAUCCCAAGGUGUACUCCACUGUCAGCGUGUAAUAGAAUUACCUCUAUCGCAGCACGUGCGGGCUUGCUUACGUUUUCACGACGACUGUCAUUUUCAAAAUGUGAACAUAUUUUCUUGCGACAAGUAACGAGGAUCAACGGAAUGGAGUCAGCGGCUCGGGUUGAUGUGAGCGCGGCAGCGCCAGUGCACGCAGAUCAUCAGAAUCAGAAUAUGUGUUCAUGCUGGAGGAAUGCGAUGAGCUGUGGAGCGUUUCCCCCCCCCCCCCCCACAAAUGUCCGGUAGGGGCAGGGCGUCAGUCAGUACGUUACAAAGAUAAACAAUAUCAUGGCGCAACACAGCCUGCGGUCACAGCACGGCAGCGCAGAUGUUUGUGAGGUCAAACCAAUAUACCAAAAAAAAUAUCGUUGCGGGAAGAAAAAAAGUGACGUCGUCAUUUGACAUUGGAGACUGCAUGACGUUACUUGAGAAGCCUCGAGUAAUCAAUAAUCAAGACACCGAUUUGUUUUUGAAAAGUAAGCCGACGUUAUGUUUCAUGAGUUACAAUGCUCUUCCCCCAUUCUGUGUAAAGUCACGUGGGGUUGUCACUCACUUCGGCUAUUUCCCUGCUCAAACACGAAUCGUCGUCUAAAUCUGUGGCCCGAACCCCACAUUCCACAUUCUCAUGGCAGUGGCCAGUCUCUCCAUAGAACAAACCACUCUUCAAGUGCUACGUGGUAGUAAUUGUAUCGACCCUGAAGAGAUGAUGGGCUCGGCCGUACCCCCCAACAAUAAUCUUAAUUUGCGACCCUUCCAGUGGAGACAGAGGCCCUCCAACCACAGCGCCCUUGGGCCACACAUGCAUCUUUCCUGACCACGUGGGAGAGGCCCAGUCCUUAAAACGAAACAAUUUUUAUUUUUAUUUGACCAGGUGUAAGGCCCACUGAGGUAUAUAGUUCGUUUUCAGAAGCGACUUGGCCCCAAAUGAUAGCACAACCAAGCGGCUAAUCACGUGGACAUUUAAAGCAGCCAAAUACUCGUGAUGCUGAUUCUAAAUGUGGAGGGGGGGGGGGGGGAACCGGACGACCCGGAGAAAAAUCCACGCGACCACAGGGAGAGAGAGAGAGACACACCGCAAACUCCAAAUAUACAACAGGCGUCAGGACCGGAUCGAACCCACGAACCAGGCGUAGGGAGUUAACAUCUCCUCGCCACCGCAGCGCCCCCUUUGAGAGGCUGGCACAAACACUUCCACCACCGCCUCAGCCACGGGGAACACAAUCGUCUUUCUGUACACGGCAAGAGGGGGGGCGGAGGGGCGGUUCGCGAGCGUACAUUUCAGAACAGGCCGCUGCCAAGCGCACUAGUUGUGCCCCCACUUCACCGCUGAGCUAUUUACCGGCACAACCGAAAUGUGCUGCGAACACGGAAAUGUCACAGUUGCCAAAGAGCCGGUUGUGUUCGUGUACAAUUGUUUUUGUUUUUUGCUAUGAUAUGCAAAUAACUUGGCAGUAUUAUCAAUAAUGCAAAUGUAAAUGGCCGCAGAGCUUAUUUCCGAUUUGUACAUUGCGUGUAAAACCUAUGUGCAUUACUAGAAAGUCAAUUGUACGUUUUGAUUUCGUUUCGUUAUUUAACAGCAUUGCAAUAAUGAAGAAUGGCUGGUUUGUAUUUAAUAUUGUGUUAGGAAGGUCUGCCCUCCCCACUGACCCCAAUUCCCGGACCACUAUGAUGUCGUCAUCUGCUUCUAGUGCGUGAAUUCAGGCACUGAUGUAAAUAUACGAACCCUGCGGAUCUCGCCGGGCCUCCGGUGAAGAGGAAUACUGUUGUGAUGUACUGUUGAACAUUAGUUGUUUAUAUGGCAACUGAGCGAGCAAAAAGCAUGGCAUUUAAUCUUGUCGACCUGUGAGUUUACAUGUUUUAGGAUCUUGUGUGUUUCUGUCUAUAAAAGUGUUUUAUGUUUCAAUGUAUAAAGCUCAUGGCCCCUGUGAGUGGGCGGUGGAGUUGACCUGCGGAAGUGAAGUCCACCCAAACCUUCACCCGUCAGCCCACCCGUCGACCGUCAUACGCAGUCCACGUCUGUACAUUGGCAAUUUAUCCGGCGGCAGAUUUUAUCUAUGGAAGGUGGUGAACUUUUAUCACAAAGAUCCCCCCCCCCCGUAUAGCCUUAACAGACUUGAGGCAAGUGCUGUUAGCGAGCACCUAUGAAGGAAGGCACGGCACACAAGGGGGAGGCAGGGGGGGGUGAGUGGGCCAGCACCACGCCCGGCCGCCUUUGUCUCCCCAGUGACGAUGUUUACACACCGCACCAAGUACUCAUUUGAGGCUGAGUUGACCUCGGGGAGGCCCAGGACCGGUUCAGAUAAUCGUCACUGGUGUUGGCCGUGAGCGGGAAUCGAACCCGGGUCGCCGGGUUCGUAGCGCAGCGCACUAAUCGCUACACUACCGCUCCCCACACUGUCAUCACGCGCACACACACACAAGCACGCACGUGUAGGUGUGUGCAAUUUUUUGUUGUUGUUUUGAACCGGACUUGCGAGCUGUUCCUCCAGCCAGAGCUCACGCGUGAGUAUCUGGUCUGGGAGACUUGUCUUGAGUCACACGUAGCCCUGAUUUUUUGGCAUUUGGGAAACAAAGAGGGAGGGAGAAGGGAACGGGAACAAUUGACGGAGCGUAGCGAUCAAAUCCAAUUGACUCUGACAUUGCAUGUAAUGUUAAUAAGUUUUGUAAUCAUUUGUGAAUAAAAGAAAAAUCCUUCCGCUCCCCACCCCACCACACACUCGCCACAAUCGCGUGUAAAUUCAUGCCAGUGAUUCGCACGGAUUCCCCGUGCAUCCACGGGAAGGCAUCUAUCACUAGCACCACGGAGAGCAGCCCGUGCAUCGCACCCAGGACCCGGUCUCCUUAUUUAUUUAUUUGUCUCCACGCGCUCGGCGUUGCGCGACCACCGUUUUUGUUUGUUUGUUCUCACGUCCCGAACAACCGAGACAGACGCACACACACACACACACAAUGUUUGCUUCAACGAGCGACGCAGAGCCGACACUGACCCCGACCGAGGGGUUCGGAGCGGGUGCGUUGCUGCUUCAAUCGCGGUGGGGGGGGGGUGCAUGGGUUGUACAGCGACGGUGACACAUUGCGUUCAAAUAAAAAAAACGCCGACCCCUCGGGCCGGGCCCCCCGUCUGCCCUCACCCCUCCCCCCUCUCCCGCUACCCCCAAAAAACUAUCUCUGUUACGCGCAAGACCUGUCUGGAAUCUGGCCCGGGCUGAUGUUUCGCCAAACCGAUUCCGUGUGCUUGUCAUUUUCGAACCGUUCAUUGUAGUGACUGCAUUGAUGUGUUACAAAAAAAAUUUGCAACUGUUAAAUGAAUAAAUCCCCUCCGUUUUCUAAAUUAAA